CUACUGCAGUAGCUCGCUUUAAACGCUCAGAAGUAAACCGUGAUCUCCGCACACCUUGACCGCAAUUACUUGCGUAAGGAAUCACGUGACGCUACGCCCAGUAAACACCCACCCCGAGCACGGCGGCGUGCAAAGUUUUCGGCGCCGACGAAGUUGUUCCAUUUGCUGACGCUAGGAGCUGUCCGCGGUGCUGAACCGACACGGCUGCGUCGGCACUACCGGCAAGCGAUCGGCUUACCGCGCGGGCACGUUACGCGUCCUCCGCGUUUCCGAGGAUUGCUGUCAGAUUGCUUGCAGCUCGAUUUCGCGGGGAAUAAGCGUACCUGCGCUGCGCCCUGGUGUGUGACUAGGGUUUCAAACGCACUUUCCAUUUUCCGUUCUGACCAAUUUCCGAGGGAAAUUCUUCAAUACAAAGGACAUUAUUCUGCGAAACGAAGGAUCCGCUUCAGCACUCGUGUAUUAGAACUGUUGACCAGUCAAACAUGAUCGUUCUGGUGUUUGUUCUUGCCGCUUCGGUGAUGAACGUACGAGGCCAAGGUGAAGACUUUGGGCCGUGCAAUGGAGAAGUAGGGUCGGAGCUCCGCCCUUUCACCACUAAGCAGGACUCGCCGAUUGGGCUCCAGGAGAUCACAACAGCCCUUCCGCUAAGCCUCCCCAACCACCAGCCAAACCUGGGCCUCCCCGAGGCUCUGCUUACGAAGGAUUUCGUGGGGGACCAGCCCUUUUUCGGGGAGGGCGGUGAGGUAGAGGACCACGCGACCCCCUCGGGACGAGCAUCUCACGCAGAGCCCAGAGACCACACCACACCCGUGGUCCCUCACGAAGACGCGCCAGCAUUCUCGGAUAUCGCCACCACGGCUGCAACAACGACCAGUCCCACCGCUCCAGGAAAGCCAGCCUCUGUGGACCACAGACGGCCCAGUAAGGGCGGGGGAAGACAAUCGGCCAAGGUGGAGCUCACCUCCCCAGUUCUGAUGGUGGCCGGGAAUACUGCUCAGCCAAGCCCUGGGCAGCCAUUGGACCUCACUAGAGCAGAGGCAGAGCUUUCUGAGCAGGGGGCGGUCCCUGAGCAAAAUGGUUCAAGGAAGAAAGCAUCUCAGAGGCCACCAGAGAAGAGCAUGAUGGGUAAAGCAACAGGGGCAGAUGAAGAAGAAACCAUGACCAGUACCAUUGUUACUACGACUGUUAUCACCACCACGAGAGCCACAGGUCAGGGCAACCUGAACUUCACAGAUGCUGAAGGUUACAUCGAGAUGCCGUAUGGUGGCUCUUAUGACUCUACUGUGGAUUGCACCUCCCUGGUUACGGUCUACCUCGGGUAUGGGGUUGAAAUUCAGGUGCUGAAUGUGACCCUGGAAGGGGGCGAGGAGGUCGUGCUAGAGGACCUCGGGGGCCCGGAGCGAUCCAUCCUGGCCAACGGGUCCACGCUGCACAGGGGGAUGGUGCUGUGGAGCUCCAGCAACCAGAUCUCGGUGCGCUUCUCCAGUGAGAAGCAGCCCAAGCCAGGCUCCCUGCUGCUGCUGCGCUACAGAGCUUUUGUUUUGAGCUGCGCUUUCCCCCGGACCCCGGCUAACGGGGAGGUGUCGGUCAGCAGCCUCCAUUCCGGGGGGGAGGCCUUUUUCUUCUGCCUGUCCGGCUACCAGCUCCACGGCGCCUCCUCCCUCACUUGCCGCAACGCCACCACGCCUUACUGGAGCGGCAAGGAGCCGAAAUGCCUGGCUACUUGCGGAGGGAUGCUAAAAAACGCUACCCUGGGCCGCAUCGUCUCUCCUGGGUUUCCUGGCAACUACAGCAACAAUUUGACGUGCCACUGGGUGCUGGAGGCUCCCGAGGGCCACAGGUUGCACGUCCACUUCGAGAAAGUGGCCCUGGCCGAAGACGACGACAGACUCUUGAUCAAGAAUGGGAACAACAUCGACUCCCCCGGCGUCUAUGACUCCUACGAGGUGGAGUACCUGCCCAACGAAGGUGUAGUCAGCACAGGAAGGCACUUGUUCGUGGAGUUCACCACCGACGAGGCAGGCACCUGCACUGGCAUCGCCAUCCGAUAUGAAGCUUUCGCCCAGGGUACCUGCUACAAGCCCUACGUGAAAUACGGCAACUUCUCCAGCAGCGACAUGGCGUUCGGUGUGGGUACAGUGGUGGACUUCUGCUGUGAACCAGGCUACACCCUGGAGCAGGGCGCCAUCACCAUCGAGUGUGUGGACCCAGAGAAUCCUCAGUGGAAUGAGACUGAACCAGCUUGCCGGGCUGUAUGCAGUGGAGAAAUCACGGAUUCAGCCGGAGUGGUGCUCUCGCCAAACUGGCCUGAGGCGUAUGACAAAGGCCAGGAUUGUAUCUGGGGCAUCCAUGUGGAGGAGGACAAGCGCAUCCUUCUGGACAUCCCAGUCCUUCAUCUCGGUAAAAACGACAUGUUGACGUUUUAUGACGGUGACGACCUGACGGCCAACAUCCUGGGCCAGUACAGCGGCACUCUGCCGCGGUUCAAACUCUACACCUCCAUGGCAGAUGUGACCAUUCAGUUCCAGUCCGAUCCGGCCACCAACAUUUAUGGCUACAACAACGGCUUCGUGGUGCACUUUUUUGAGGUGGCCAGGAACGACACGUGCUCCGAGCUCCCGGAGAUCGUCAGUGGCUGGAAGAGUACGUCCCAUCCGGACCUGAUCCACGGGACGGUGGUGACCUACCAGUGCUACCCAGGUUUCCAGGUGCUCGGCUCCGAGAUCCUCAUGUGUCAGUGGGACCUCACGUGGAGUGGGGACGUGCCCAGCUGUGAGAAAGUGAUGGCGUGUCCGGACCCAGGCGUGGUAGAACACAGCCACAGGGUGGUGACUGGCUCCCAGUUUGCCGUGGGCUCCACUGUGCAGUAUGUGUGUAAUAAGGGCUACGCGUUGUCUGGGCCAGGCAUCCUCACCUGCUGCGGCCGCGACACAGCCGACCCUAAGUGGAGCGAGAGGCGGCCAAAGUGUGUCCCCGAGCGGUACGAACCUUGCAGUAACCCAGGUGCUCCGUCCGCUGCUGUUCAGAGCGCAGAGAAAGCCUUCUUCCAGGCUGGAGAGACGCUCACCUUCGCCUGCCGCCCUGGCUAUCAGCUCCACGGGGAGGCCACCAUUCGCUGCCUUCCAGGACAUCCAUCUCAGUGGAGUACCUUGCCUCCUGUGUGCAGGGCCUCAGUGGGAGAUGUUAGCGGACGCAGAUUGGAUGUCGUCAGCUCUGACUUUGGUGCAGAGGGGACCACCAUAACUAUAGCGGUUAUGGUGCCAGUUGCACUGGUGUUACUGGUUAUCAUAGCCAUUUAUGUGUACUUCUCAAAAGUCCAGGGUAAGACUUUCCGCUUACGCCGCUCGGCCUCCCCGCGUUACGACAACAUGACGGAGGAGUCUGCAUUCGACAACCCCGUCUACGAGACUGCACAGAGGGCACUCUUCAUACCACUUCCAUUCUCACCUGAAGUCUCUGGCUCUACUGCGAUAAAUCUGGUGGUAAUUAAAGAUGCUCCAUCUACACGCACCAGAUAAAGAUGUUCAAUGUCCAAUAUAGACUGAAGCCUGACAGGUCUCGGGGAUACACUGGAUAGAGCUGCCACUAUGUAUAGCUUGAGCAAAGCGUCUAGUUUAUUUACCUCAGCGAACUCUUUAAAUAUUUUGGUUUUUUAUGGAAUGUUGCACUGCUCUUUGUCUGAAAGCCAAAGCUGGGAUGCACAGACACACAGUGGUAAUAUUCACUGUCGCAAGAUGUUGCCAUUAUCCAAAUACAUUUCAUUAUGUACACCCUCACCAUAUCAUUGAGUGUAUACGCACAUAUUUAUUCCAUGUGUUCUGAUUCUUUGAGGUUUUACAAACAUAGCUGUGUGAUAUGGAAUAUUUUGUCUAUAUGUUAAUAUGUUUAUGGAGCUUAAAUCAUCACUUAUUAUCAUUGUAUUAACAAAUCAAUAGAUUAGUGAAAGUCUAUUGAAACCAAAAUAUUUGCUGUACAAUUGCUUAUUGCACUGUUUUAUAUAUUUGGCAUUUAUUUUGCCCAUAAUAAGAGGGAAGGUCCUCUUGAAAGCAAGAGACAAUGACAGAAGCUCUUGCGCUAUGGUAACUGGGGAGUUCUCACCAUGUGUUUCAAUCUUUCUGCAUCUGUGCGCUCCGACCACGGACCUCGCUGGCCACCC